CUUCUCUACAUUUUUUUCUUUUUUACUUGUACCUUAUUAUGUCAACUUGGUCAAUAGAUUAUGCUUCCAUUACUAGCACAGCGACAAAAUCCAUUAAUCCAAUUGGCUUUGAACAGUCAGCACUACAAUCUCGUUACGGAAUGAAGUCAGCACGUCCAAAGAAUCAAGAUCAUAAUGAUGUCGAAAUGAAAAUCAAAAGAGCUUGGGAUGUAGCUACUGGUCCUGCUAAAAGUAUUCCAAUGAAUGCAUUUAUGAUCUAUAUGAGUGGCAAUGGUGUGCAAAUCUUUUCAGUCAUGAUCACUGUCAUGCUCUUCAUCACUCCUAUCAAGGCCAUCAUGUCUUUAAACCAAACCUUUGAAAGAUUUGAAACUAAAGGAUCCAAGCAGCCUGGUGCAGACUUGAUGAUUUCAAAAUUGACAUUUAUUGGCCUUCAUAUUAUUACCAUCUGCUUAGGGAUUUAUAAAGUGAAUGCAAUGGGUCUGUUACCGACAACGACUUCUGACUGGUUGGCCUUCUUACCACACAAACAUGUACUUGAAUAUGCAUCCAUUUAGAAUUACUGAUUUUUUUUCCAUGUGAAGCGCAUUUAUUUUAUUUUUUUUUCCUGCGUUACGGUUAGACACUUGUUUGCUUUGGGGUUUGAAUAUAUUUGUGGUGAUUCUCUUUUUUUAUAUUACGGAAAUGGAUGAUUAAUGACAUCAAUAAAAACUUUCUUCUUCUUUUAUCAUCGUC